UGAUAACUCCAAGCCUCUCCCUCACACAGAGUGAAGGCGCUGGCUCUUGGAAACACAACACCCAACGGAAGCUUUUUGUCUCACAGGAGAAGAAACGAAAACACAGCCUUGAAUCAGACAGGCUAGAGGCCCUGUUAAUAAAAAUGAAUUCAGUCUUUUCUGCAAUUGGAUCCUUCGUGGACUGUGAUGUCAAAAGUCUGCUGCUCUUCAUCGCAGUUUUCCUCAUCACUGCAGAUUACAUUAAGAACCGUCGUCAGGCCAGCUUCCCUCCAGGACCCUGGGCAUGGCCUAUUGUGGGCAACAUAUUUACUGUGGACCACAGAAGGACCCAUGAGAGCUUGACACAGUUAGCAGAGAAAUAUGGAGAUGUUUACAGCCUGCGAAUGGGCCAGGAAUGGGUGGUGGUAUUAAACAGGUACGAAGUACUGAAAGAAGCCCUGGUGAAUCAAGGAGACAGUGUGGCAGACCGUCCAGUCCUCCCUCUGCUGGACAGGACAAUACAUGGACUAGGUGUAAUUUUCAGUAAUGGGAACAUAUGGAAGCAGCAGAGGCGUUUUGCACUUUCAACCCUCAAAUAUUUUGGAUUUGGCAAGAAGUCACUCGAACCUGUCAUCUUGGACGAAUUUACAUUUUGCGCAAAACACUUCAGUAGCUUUGAAGGCAAGCCAUUCGAUCCCCAAAAAGUCAUCAGCAACAUGGUCUCCAACGUCAUCUGCUCCCUGGUUUUUGGUCACCGCUUUGAGUACACUGAUGAGAGGUUCAUGAGACUGAUAAGGUGGUUUGAACAAAGUCUCCAGUUUGAAGUCUCCCUUUGGGCGCAGCUUUACAACUCAUUCCCUCGGCUGGUGAAUCCUUUGCCAGGGCCACAUAACACACACAUUCGCAUCGCCAAUGCUACGAAGGACUUCAUAAGGGAAGAGCUGGAGGAGCACAAAAAAAACUGGGAUCCCUCAGACCCAAGAGACUACAUCGACUGCUACCUGAAGGAGAUUCAGAUGUGUAAGGGGCAGGCUGACAGUACUUUCGAUGAGGAAAACCUGAUUAUUUGUGUCUGGGAUCUGUUUGUGGCGGGAUCUGAGACCACAUCCACCACCCUGCGCUGGGCUCUGCUCUACAUGGCAAAGUACCCUGAGAUUCAGGCAAAGGUGCAAGACGAGAUAGACAGAGUGAUCGGUCAGUCCCGACAGCCGUCCAUGGACGAUCGUGCAAAACUGCCCUACACUGACGCCGUCAUCCAUGAGUGCAUGAGGAUGGGCAACAUAGCUCCUCUCGGCCUGCCUCACAUUACCAUCAGGGACAUGCAGCUGUGCGGCUACACAGUCCCGAAGGGAGUCGUAGUUGUUCCCAACUUGACUUCGGUGCUGGUCGACAAGAAUGAGUGGGCGACGCCCCUCACCUUCAACCCCGGACACUUUCUGAACGAGGAGGGCAAGUUUGUGAAGCCUACUGCUUUCAUCCCAUUCUCUGCUGGCAAGCGACUGUGUCUGGGAGAGACUCUGGCCAAGAUGGAGCUGUUCCUCUUCUUCACCUCCUUCAUGCAGCGGUUCACCUUCUGCAUGCCUCCUGGAGUGAAGCCUAUGAUGGAGCCCCGUUUUGGAAUCACCCUGGCGCCGCAUCCGUAUAAAAUCUGCGCAACCUCACGCUAGAAUUGCAGAAUUGCUAGAAUUGAUAGACAACACGUGCAUCAAGACUCUGUAAAUGUAUGUUUCUUGCAUCAGAUGUUUUAGAAAAAUGUACUGUGAGAAAGUUUGCAACCAGGCCGCAUAUCUUUAUUGGAAAUAUUCCUUGAAGUAAACUCACUGAGUAAGACGUUA